AUGGACCCACGUCGCGGAAAGGUGGACCAGGCAGCUUCGAAAAGUUCGAAAGCCAGAGCCGCCGCCCGGAAAACUUACGGGCUAGGUGCGACGGACUCCCAGGCCAAGCCCCCCGAGUCUCCGGCCACCCCUGGGGCCUCAGGGCUCGAUGCUCCGACCUGCGACCCGACUGGGGAGUCUGAAUCCCUGCCGAAGAAGGGCGCCCAGCACCCCCACACUGGUCGGCGAGUAAGCGCGCGGGGUGCUGGUGCCAAAAAAGCCCCUCUGCGCUUCCAGGACCCUCAGUCCCCGGGAGCUCCCGGCACCGUCUUCAGAGCACAGACCUGCGACCCGACGAGGGAGUCUGGAUCCCAGCGGAAGAAGGGCGCUCAGGCCUCCGAGAAUGGUCGACGAGUAAGUGCGCGGGACACGGGUGCCAAAAGGGCGUCUCUGUGCUCCCAGGACGUUCAGUGCCCGGGAGCUCCCCGCGCGGUAGAGAUCGACGGGCCGGCUGUCUCCGCGGAGGGGCUAGAACCUGCAGGCGUCGGGGAGCCGGCCCUUCCGGCAGGCAGCUCUCGCAGCAGGGGAAGCGCGCGCUCCUCGGUUCGGGAACCGAGAUCCCCGCCUGGGCCCACCCGGGUCCCCACGAUCGACCCUCAGAUCUCAGCUCCGGCUCUCGGCGGGAGGGAGGCGGCGGUUGGGAGCUGGAAGCUCCGGUCGGUUCUGGAGAAGUUGAAGCUGAACCGCCAGGAAAUCUCAGCGGCAGCCGUGGUCGUGAAUAGGGUCGUGGACCACCUGCUGCAGAGAAUGCAGAGCCACGAGUCUGAGUUCAAAGGGGUGGAGCGGCUGUCCACCGGGAGCUACUACGAGCACGUGAAGAUUUCUGCUCCUAAUGAAUUUGAUGUUAUGUUCACACUGAAAAUGCCCAGAAUUCAGCUAGAAGAAUAUUGUGACAGUGGUACUCAUUACUUAGUGAAACUCAAAAGAAAUCCUAAAGGAAAUCCUCUGAGUGGGUUUUUAGAAAAUGAAGUAUUAUCAGCUUCUAAGAUGCUAUCCAAAUUUCGGGCAAUCAUUAAAGAAGAAAUUAAAAACAUUAGAGAUACCAAUAUCACUGUGGAGAGGAAGAAGAGGGGCAGCCCUGCUGUAACACUUCUUAUUAGAAACCCUGAGGAAAUAUCUCUGGAUAUAAUCCUGGCUUUGGAAUCAAGAAGCAGUUGGCCAGCUUGCACCCAGCAAGGCCUCCCCAUCAAAAACUGGCUUGGAACCAAAGUUAGGCAAAAUCUAAGACAGCAGCCAUUUUACCUGGUACCCAAGCAUGCAAAGGAAGAAAAUGGUUUUCAAGAAGACACAUGGCGACUUUCCUUCUCUAACAUUGAAAAAGUUAUUUUGAACAAUCAUGGACAUUCUAAAACAUGCUGUGAAAGUAAGGGAAUGGAAUGUUGCAGGAAAAAAUGCUUAAAACUAAUGAAAUGUCUUUUAGAACAAUUGAAAAGCAAGUUUGAAAACCGUAAAGAACUGGAUAAAUUCUGUUCUUAUCAUGUGAAAACUGCCUUCUUUGACCUGUGUACCCAGUGCCCGCAGGAUGAACAGUGGCACUCCAGAGACCUAGAACUCUGCUUUGAUAGAUGUGUGGCAUACUUUCUUGAGUGCCUUAAGGAAGGACAGCUUCAACAUUAUUUUAUUCCUAGAGUCAAUCUAUUCUCUCAAGAACAGAUUAACAAAAUAAGUAAGGAUUUUCUCUUAAAGCAAAUUGAAUAUGAAAGAAACAAUGGAUUUCCAAUUUUUGAUGAAUUUUGA